GAUUAUUUUUGCAAAAUAAUGCAUUUAAAGGAUUUUUUUUGGGACAAAUUUUCCUAAAGGAUAGAGCUUGGUUUAAAGUUUCAAUCGGACUUGAUUUUUCACUUUCCCAACAAAAUCAAUCUGAAAAAAAAGGGCGACGUUCAAUUUCAUCUUGUAUAUGCCAGCUUCGUUCUCCUAAGAGGAGAGAGAAACCAACCUGAUAACAGAGAACAUCCAUGUCUUCUUCUUCAUCAACAUCUUCUUCCUCUGCACUUCUCCAUUAACCCUACUUCACUACUUCUUCAUCGAUCUCAAUUUCAUCCUUUUAUUUCCAUAAUUCUCCAAUUUCGUAAUUCAAUCAGCUAAUUUCAAUCUUCAUCAUCAAUUAUCAAUCAUACCUUCUCCAAUUCCUCUUCAAAUGGCUCCUCUUCCUUCGGAAAAUGGCGUCGAUGGCGAUGUUGAAAGAGAGGAAGAAGAAGAAGAUGAAGAAGAAGAAUUUUCAGAAGAAGAAGAGGCAACAGCUUCUGAAGAAGAAGAACCGAAGCUCAAGUACCAGAGAAUGGGGGGCAGUUUAUCUUCUUUGUUAUCGACCGAUGCCGCUACUUGUAUCGCUGUUUCUGAACGUAUGAUCGCGCUUGGUACUCAUUGUGGUGCCGUUCAUCUGCUUGAUUUUCUCGGAAAUCAGGUAAAGGAAUUUCAUGUGCACAAGGCUGCUGUAAAUGACCUUAAUUUUGAUAUAGAUGGCGAAUAUAUUGGGAGUUGUUCUGAUGAUGGAUCAAUUGUUAUAAGCAGUCUCUUUACUGACGAAAAACGAAAAUUUGAGUAUCAUAGACCAAUGAAGGCAAUAGCUCUCGAUCCUGAUUAUGCAAGAAAAUCAUUAAAAAGAUUUGUGGCUGGAGGAUUAGCUGGUCAAUUAAUAUUCUACGCUAAGAAGUGGUUUGGUUAUCAGGAGCAGGUAUUGCACUCUGGCGAGGGUCCAAUACAUGCAGUGGCAUGGAGGACGAGUUUCAUUGCUUGGGCUAAUGAUGCAGGCGUGAAGGUUUAUGACACUGCCAAUGAUCAGCGCGUGACUUUUAUUGAGAGACCGCGAGGAAGUCCACAUCCUGAGCUCUUGCUCCCGCACCUAGUUUGGCAGGAUGAUGCACUUCUGAUUAUUGGUUGGGGCACAUCAGUGAAGAUUGCUUCUCUAAGGGGAAAUCAGCAUGUAGGAGCCAAUGGGUCCUACAAGCCUGUUUAUGUAUCAAGCUCAAACCAGGUGGAUAUAGUUGCAUCUUUCCAGACAAACUAUUAUAUAUCCGGCAUUGCUCCAUUUGGUGAUUUUUUGGCUAUUCUAGCCUAUGUCCCUGGAGAGAAGGACUUUAGUAGUACAGCUCCAUCACGGCAGGCUAAUGCACAGAGGCCAGAAGUACGCAUUGUUACGUGGACUAAUGAUGAGCUGGCAACUGACGCUUUACCAAUUCAUGGUUUUGAACAUUAUAAAGCAAAAGACUACUGUCUCUCACACACUCCUCUAUCAGGGAGCAACUAUACUAACGGUCGAUGGGCUGCAGGUGAUGAGCCACUAUACUAUGUUGUAUCCCCAAAAGACAUAGUAAUUGCAAAACCAAGGGAUGCUGAAGAUCAUAUCAAUUGGCUUCUUGAACAUGGAUGGUAUGACAAAGCUCUCGCUGAAGUUGAGGCAACACAUGGACGAAAAGAACUUUUCGAAGAGGUGGGAUCAAGGUAUCUUGAGCAUUUACUUGCUGAGAAAAGAUAUGGUGAAGCUGCAGCUUUAUGUCCCAAAUUGCUGCAAGGGUCUGCUUCAGCAUGGGAAAGAUGGAUUAUUCGCUUUGCUCAGCUUCGUCAGCUUCCAGCUUUAGCCCGUUACAUGCCAACUCAGAACCCUAAACUCAGUGAUACUUUAUAUGAGCUUGCCCUAGUGGCUCUUGCAAUGAAUCCUGCGUACCACAAGGAUUUCUUAUCAGCUGUGAAGUCAUGGCCACGGUCAAUUUACUCUGCCCUGACUGUUUUGUCAGAGAUAGAGCCUCAGCUUAGAGCUUCUUUGAUGACUGACGAUCUGAAAGAGGCAAUGGCAGAGCUAUAUGUGAGAACUGAGCAAAAUGAGAAAGCGUUUUCAUUUUUUGCUGAUCUUUUGAAACCAGAAGUUUUCGACUUCAUUGAGAGGCAUAACUUGCAUGCUGCUGUUCGUGAAAAGGUUGUCCAACUGAUGAUGCUUGACACCAAACGUGCAACAUCCUUGCUGAUCCAGCAAAGGGAUCUGAUUACCCCACCUGAUGUAGUGUCACAGCUUUUAAAGGCUGGAGAUAAGUACUUUUUGUAUCUGUACUUGCAUGCUCUAUUUGAGGCCAGUCCUCAUGCUGGAAGGGAUUUUCAUGAUAUGCAGGUGGAGCUAUAUGCAGAUUAUGAUACACAAAUGCUACUUACUUUCCUUCGUAGCAGUCAACAUUAUACACUGGAGAAGGCCUAUGAUCUUUGUGUGAGAAAAGGUCUCCUGAAAGAGAAAGCAUUCAUUCUUGGAAGAAUGGGAAAUUCGAAACAAGCCCUUGCUGUUAUCAUCAAUGAAUUAGGUGAUAUAAAAGAGGCUUUAGAGUUUGCUAGCAUGCAGAAUGAUGAUGACAUUUGGGAAGAAUUGAUCAAGCAAUCUACCCAGAGGCCUGAAAUGGUUGGAAUGUUGCUGGAACAUACUGUUGGCAACCUUGAUCCUCUUCAUAUUGUAAAUGUUGUGCCUGAUGGACUGGAAAUACCUAGGCUCAGGGAUCGAUUGGUCAAAAUCAUAACUGACUAUAGAACCGAAACCUCACUCAGACAUGGUUGUAAUGAUAUUUUAAAGGCUGAUAUCGUCAAUCUUUUGGUUAAGUACUACAAAGAAGCAAGGCAUGCGGUUUAUAUGAAUAACACAGAGGAUGAGGCUAGAACUAAGAGAGAUGAAAAGAGGAUGGAAGAGUCCUUUGCAAAACCACCAAGUUUCAAAAACAUGGAUUUGAAGUCCAAGACUAGGGUGGGAGGCAGAUGUUGCAUAUGCUUUGAUCCUUUUUCCAUCCAAAAUGUCUCGGUUGUCAUUUUCUUUUGCUGUCAUGCAUAUCACAUGACUUGUUAUAUGGACUCAGUCAAUACAUAUAGUGAUGAGAAUGAAGCUCAGGAUGGUUCCCUUGAUUCUGAGUAUGAUGAAUUUGAUGACGAAGAGAAUGGUGAAAGUCAGUCAGACUCCUCUCGAAUGCGGUGUAUAUUAUGUACUAAUGCAGCUAGAUGACUAAAAUGGUUUGAUGAGGUGGUUUGUUGUAUAACUUGUAUCUUUUGGUAUCUGUUUUUAUCUCGUUUCUUUUUGUUUUUGUUUUUCUUUUGUUUAUAACAGCAAGUUUCGAGAUUGAGACUUGAGAGUGUGGGAGGCUGCUUUGCUUGUGCAACGAGAGCAAGGUUUUUUGGGGUCAUUGGAAUUCCUGAGUCUAUUUGUUUGUCAAUUGAUAUAUUAUCGAUGAUGGUCAUUCAUUGUAAUAAACUUGUUUUGAUCAUACUUAAUCAUAUGUUCAUAUUUUGGAUCUGCAAUGGCGUUUUAACAUUUUUUGUACAAAGAAAGUCUUGUUCACAUUAUCCUUAAUUAUGUUUUGAUAAAGAUUAAAAAACACUGCUUGUUUCAAAAAAAAAAAAAAAAAAA